UUUUUGUUUAAAAAAAGGCCAAAAUAAAAAAGAGAUGGAGAUGGAAAAGAAGAUGAAGCUCUUGUUCUUGCUUGCAUUGUUAUGCCAUGGCUUUAGCAUUACCGAUGGUGGGAGGGUCGUAGGCCUAGGAACGUUUAAUGUGAUGAAUUUUGGAGCCCGGGGUAAUGGCGUGACCGAUGACAGCCAGGCAUUCCUUGCAGCAUGGAAGGCUGCAUGCGCUUCCACGGGUGCAGUUAAUCUUGUGAUUCCAAGCGGUACAUACUUCCUCAACCCCAUUAAAUUCCGAGGACCUUGCAAAAAUGUUCAGUCCUUGACGGUCCAAAUGAAGGGGACUUUGAAAGCCUCGACUGACUUGAAACAAUAUAAAACAAGUGGUGUGUGGGUGGAAUUCGGAUGGGUAGAUGGCUUAACUCUGACUGGAGGAGGGACCUUCAAUGGUCAAGGGGAAGUCACUUGGCCACUCAACACAUGCCCCAAGCAAAAAAAUUGCAAAAUCCCACCAACCUCGCUGAUGUUUGUAAACACGAACAACACCAUUGUGAAUGGCAUAAAAUCCGUGAAUAGCAAGUUCUUCCACAUUGGCGUUUUGGGCUGCCAGAACUUCCAAGGAAGCGGUAUCAAGAUCACUGCGCCGGCGGAAAGUCCCAACACCGACGGCAUUCACCUCGAGCGAAACUCCGGGGUGAACAUUUCCAACUCGGAGAUAGCCACCGGCGAUGACUGCGUCUCGGUCGGACAAGGCAACUCUUAUAUCACGCUUAAUGGCAUCAAAUGUGGACCGGGUCACGGCAUCAGUGUUGGAAGCCUAGGGAAAUAUAAGGACGAAAAAGACGUUCAGGGGCUAAUCGUUCAGGAUUGCACACUUACUGAGACGGAUAAUGGCAUACGGAUCAAGACAUGGGCCAACUCUCCCACGAACAGCAUCUGCGCCAACAUGACAUUCGAGAAUAUCGUCAUGAACAAUGUAGCCAACCCCAUCAUCAUCGACCAGUCAUACUGCCCCUACGCCAGUUGCCAGUCCUCGGCAUCAUCGAAGGUGAAAAUAAGUGACAUCCACUUCAAGAACAUUACAGGGACAUCGAAGACCCCGGUUGCAGUGACCCUGAGGUGCAGCAAAGGGAUACCUUGCGAGAGGGUGAGCCUCGACGAUGUCGACCUCAACUUCACCGGCGAGAACAGCACGUUCGCCACGUGUCUCAACGUCAAGGCCGAGUAUACCGGGACCCAGAACCCCCCUCCAUGCCAGUGACCGGCUCUUAUAUAUAUACGAAGGGCCAAGUGUAAGCCAUUCUUUUGCCGCAGUGGGCAGUAUAGUAUUCCUUCGUGUCCCCACGGAGUCUGAUGUUGGGUUUUCUGUACGUGGGUGAGCUUUUGUUUCGGUUUUAUACUCUAUUUAUAGAAAGUUUAAUACGUAUAUAUACAGAAGAUUGUCACGCUGUUCGAGUCCUGAAAUGAUUAUUUUUGUUUAUGCAUGCCGGCUUGCAAGAAGCGGCGGCUUUUGGUUCGGUCGUCCUUCAUGUUUUGCAUGCUAAUGGAAAGUUAUAAUUUUUUUUUUA